AUGUCAUACCGCAAACACUUCAUCCCACUCGAGUCGAAUCCGACCGUCUUCACUGAGCUGGCCCACGGCCUUGGCCUCUCACCCGAGUUGGAAUUCCAUGACGUUUUCUCGCUAGACGAGCCGGACCUUCUUUCCCUUAUCCCUCGUCCGGCUCUUGCUCUGGUGCUCGUCUUUCCGACUUCUCCAAACUACGAGGCGGAUCUUCAACAGCUUGACAAACAAACGCCCGAAUAUUCCAAGAGCGGCGCUGAUGAGGAUGUCGUGUGGUUCAAGCAGACCAUCAACAAUGCUUGUGGACUGUACGGUAUCUUGCACGCUGUUACCAAUGGAGCCGCAAGGGACUUCAUCCGCCUUCUUACAUCAGUCGAGCCUCUCAAAUACUUGGACCGCGCGGCUGUCCUAGAGGAGGAUGAGCAGCUGGAAUCUGUCUACAAGACGGUUGCUUUGCAAGGUGACACUGAAGCACCUGAGAACGCCGAGGACGAGGUUGACUUUCAUUACGUCUGUUUUGCCAAGUCUCACAGGAAUGGCCAUCUCUACGAACUCGACGGCGACAGGAAAGGCCCAAUCGACAGGUGUGCCUUGGACCAGGACGAUGACGUGCUCUCAGAGAGAGCUCUUGGCGUGAUUUCCGAGUUCAUUCGGAGUGUAGGAAAGGAGCUUGGCUUCAGUCUGCUUGCUUUGGCCCCAGCAGUAAAUUAA